AUGUUUCUCGCCCUCACCCUUAUCAUAAUAAUUUUGGUGGUGCUAGCAUACCUAGACACUAAAAAACCGAAAAACUACCCGCCAGGGCCGAGAUGGUGGCCCCUGAUUGGUUCGGCUAUCGAAAUCAUGGAGGCCAGGAAUCGUACCGGGUACCUCUUCCAAGCCACCGCUGAAUUGGCUGAUAAGUACGGCCCUGUGCUGGGCCUUAAAUUUGGCAGAGACAAAUUGAUUGUGGUGUAUGGCCCUGAAGCGAUUAGGGAGUUUUUGUCUUCCGAUGAUCUAGCUGGAAGGCCUCACGACGAGUUCUAUAGGAUGAGGACUUUUGGAAAACGAAGAGGUAUUAUUCUGGUUGAUCAAAAUUUUUGGACAGAACAAAGAAGAUUUUUGCUUCGUCAUUUAAGAGAGUUCGGUUUUGGUAGAAAAAGCAUGUCCUCCAUGAUUGAAGAAGAAGCAGCUCAUAUGGUUGAGUACUUAAAAGAAACUAUAUUACAUCAUGAUUCUGUGGUUUUUAGCAUUGAAACAAUUUUCAACGUUCCUGUGUUAAAUACGUUGUGGAAAAUUAUAGCUGGUAUUAGAUAUCAUCCGGAUGAUGAGAGGGUCAAACAUUUAAUGGCGAUCAUGUCGAAAUUAUUCGGUACAGUUGAUAUGAGCGGUGCUUUAUUUAGCAGGUUUCCAAUUUUAAAGUACAUAGCACCAGAAAUGUCGGGGUACAACUUAAUGGUGGACAUGCAUGCACAAAUAUACGAGGUCAUUGGGAAAGUAUUAAAGGAACAUAAAGCCUCUCAUAAUCCUAAUGAUCCCAGGGAUCUUAUGGACGUGUAUUUAACAGCUUUAAAAUCUGACAACCCAGGCGAAAGUUUUUCAGAGCAGCAACUCAUGGCUGUCUGCUUGGACAUGUUCAUGGCUGGUUCAGAAACUACAAGUAACACUUUGACUUUUGGCAUACUGUACUUGAUUUUGAACCCUGAUGUGCAAGCCAAGGCUCGCGAUGAAAUCGACAAAGUUAUUGGCAAGGAGAGGAGACCCAACCUUGAUGAUAGACCACACUUACCCUAUCUAGAGUGCGUGGUUUUAGAAACAUUGAGAAUGUUUACUGGAAGGGUGUUCACUGUCCCCCAUAGAGCUCUUAAAGACACGUAUCUAAAUGGAUAUUUGAUUCCUAAGGACUGUCAAGUCAUAGCAAAUUUACAUGGAGUAAUGAUGCGACCUGAAAGUGGUUUUGAUGAUCCCGAGGCUUUUAUUCCUGAACGAUUUCUUAAGGAUGGGAAAAUCAGCCUUCCAGAUAAUUAUAUGCCCUUUGCCAUGGGCAAACAUAGAUGCAUGGGGGAAACCCUAGCAAGGGCGAACGUUUUUCUAUUUUUAUGCACCAUGUUGCAAAAUUUUCAGUUUAGUAUAGUGCCUGAAUGUCCACCGGAUAUGCAGAUGUUUGAUGGUGUUACUCCUGCUAUGAAGCACUUUAAAGCAAGGGUUAUUCCUAGGUCGUAA